AUGAGGGAUGAUUCAAGCCAGGAGUUGCAGAAACUGGACUCUGUCCCCCCAGGAAAGUUGACGGAGAACAAGAACCCCGACGAUCCCUUUGGUCACCUGGCCCCCGACGAGGCUGCCAUCCUGAAGAGACAGGUCGACACGCCCAACAUCAAGGUCGGGCUCACCACGCUCUACCGCUACUCGACGAGGACCGACCUCGUACUUCUCGCCAUCGGCUCUGUCUGUGCCAUCGCGUCGGGCGCCAUCCUCCCAUGUAUGACCAUCGUCUUUGGUAGCCUGCAGGGCACGUUUGCAGGCUUCUUCAACGGCACCGCCUCCUACGACAGCUUCAUGGCCGAAAUGACCCACCUGGUCCUGUAUUUCGUCUACCUCGGUGUUGGCAUGUUCUUUGCCACCUACAUCUCAACCGUCAUCUUCAUCUACACCGGUGAGCAUAUAUCGGGCAAGAUCCGCGAGCAUUACCUCGAGAGCUGCCUCAAGCAGAACAUCGGCUUCUUCGACAACCUGGGAAGCGGUGAGGUUGUGACCCGCAUCACGGCGGACACCAAUCUCAUCCAGGACGGCAUCAGCGAGAAGGUGGCCAUCACCCUGACCGCUAUAGCCACCUUCUUCGCCGCCUUCAUCAUCGGCUUCAUCGAGUACUGGAAGCUCACCUUGAUCCUCCUGUCCACUGUCGUUGCCAUCGUCUUCAUCAUGGGCAGCGGCUCGCAGUUCAUUGUCAAGAACAGCCGAGCCAACAUCAACGCGUACGCACUCGGCGGAACCGUGGCCGAGGAGACGCUCAGCUCCGUCCGCAACGCCGUCGCCUUUGGCACCCAGGACAGGCUGGCCACCUCCUACGACAGCCAUCUGAUCAAGGCCGAGUACUUCGGCGUGAGGCUCAAGGGCUCCCUCGCCGUCAUGGUUGCGUUCCUGAUGAUGGUCAUGAACUGGAACUAUGGCCUCGCCUUCUGGCAGGGCUCCGUGUUCCUUGUCGACGGCAGUACCUCCCUGUCCAAGGUGCUGACUGUCGCCAUGGCCGUCAUGAUCGGGUCCUUCGCCCUCGGCAAUGUCACACCCAACGUGCAGGCCUUUACCACCGCCCUCGGUGCCAGUGCCAAGAUCUUCACCACCAUCGACCGCGUAUCCGCCCUGGACAGCUCCUCGGCCGCUGGCGACAAGCUCGACGUGGUCGAGGGCGAGAUCGAGCUCAGGAGUGUCAAGAUGAUCUACCCCUCGCGGCCCGAGGUCACCGUCAUGGACGACAUCAGCCUGAAGAUCCCCGCCGGCAAGACGACCGCCCUCGUAGGCGCCUCGGGCUCGGGCAAGUCGACCAUUGUCGGCCUGGUCGAGCGCUUCUACGAGCCCGUCCAGGGCACUGUGUACCUGGAUGGCCGCGACAUCUCGACCCUCAACCUGCGAUGGCUGCGGCAGCAGAUCUCCCUCGUCUCCCAGGAGCCCACCCUCUUCAGCACCACAAUCUACGACAACAUCCGCCAUGGUCUGGUCGGCACCCAGCACGAGAACGCGGGCCCCGAGAAGCAGAAGGAGCUCAUCGAGGCCGCCGCCGUCAAGGCUUUUGCGCACGACUUCAUCACCGCCCUUCCCGAAGGCUACGAGACGAAUGUUGGGGAGAGAGGCUUCCUGCUCUCUGGUGGCCAGAAGCAGCGGAUCGCCAUCGCGCGUGCCAUUUGUUCCGACCCCAAGAUAUUGCUCCUGGACGAGGCCACUUCAGCUCUGGAUUCGCGAAGUGAGGGUGUCGUACAGGCUGCCCUGGAACAGGCGUCCGAGGGCCGCACGACUAUUGCCAUCGCUCACCGUCUCAGCACCAUCAAGGACGCCGACAACAUCGUCGUCAUGAGCCAGGGCAAAAUCGUCGAGCAGGGAACGCAUAACGAGCUCCUAAAAAUGGAGGGUGCCUACCACUCGCUAGUCACCGCACAGGCAAUCGCCACAGUCAACGACGACGACGACGAAUCCAACCCUUCGGAGGACGACGACGAGAUCGAGCUCAUCAAGAAGAAGACCUCACAGGGAGAGACGGCCACAGCUGUCGAGGGCGAAGGGGGUUUCGAGGCCGACCCCGACGACACCAACAUCGCCGCGAGACUCAACCGCCAGGCGACUUCCAAGUCGGUGUCCAGCGUGGCCAUGCAGAACCGCAAGGCCCCCGAGGAGCGGGAGUACUCGCUCUGGUCGCUCAUCAAGCUUCUCGCCUCCUUCAACAAGGAGGAAUGGCCCAUGAUGGUCGUCGGCCUCUUCUUCGCCGUCUUGUCUGGUGGUGGUAACCCGGUCAUGUCCCUCAUCUUCUCCGAGAUCAUUGUCGCCCUCUCGGUUCCCGUCUCGCCCGAGACAAUUCCAGGGAUCAAGUCCAGCGCCCACUUCUGGUGCUUGAUGUAUCUCAUGCUGGGCUUGGCGAUGCUUAUCGUCUUCGCGGUCCAAGGUGUCAUCUUUGCCUUCGGGUCCGAGCGCAUGAUUCACCGGGUCCGCGACAGGGCCUUCCGCGCCAUGCUGCGCCAGGAUGUCGAGUUCUUUGACCGAGACGAGAACGCUGCGGGUGCCCUGACCUCGUUCCUCUCGACCGAGGCCACUCACAUGGCGGGCCUGUCUGGGGCCACCCUCGCAACGAUCCUGAUGUCUCUCUCGACCCUCGUCGCCUGCUGUGUCAUCUCCCUAGCGAUUGGGUGGAAGCUUGCGCUCGUAUGCAUCGCCACCAUACCUGUGCUCCUCGCUUGCGGCUUCCUGCGUGUCUGGAUGCUCGCCCAGUUCCAGCGCCGCUCCAGGAAGGCCUACGACAAGUCCGCCUCCUUCGCCUCCGAGGCCAUUACCGCCAUCCGCACUGUCGCGUCCCUCACCCGCGAGGACGAUGUCAUGCACCUGUACCGUGACUCCCUAGCCACCCAGCUCCAGGCCUCCACCAAGUCCAUCCUGCGCAGCUCGACCCUGUACGCAGCCUCGCAGAGCCUGCUGUUCCUCGUCUUUGCGCUCGGGUUCUGGUACGGCGGCACGCUGCUCGCCAAGGGCGAGUACUCUCUCUUCCAAUUCUUCGUGGUCUUCUCGGAAAUCAUCUUUGGCGCGCAGUCCGCCGGCACCAUCUUCAGCUUCGCGCCGGACAUGGGCAAGGCCAAGUCUGCGGCGACCGAGCUCAAGAGACUCUUUGACCGCCAGCCGUCCAUCGACACGUGGUCCACCGAGGGCGAGAGGCUGUCCCGCGAGGACAAGUACGCCAUCCAGGGUACCAUCGAGUUCCGCGAUGUCCACUUCCGCUACCCCACGCGCCCAGAUGUCCCCGUGCUGCGGGGUCUGGAUCUCCAGGUCCGCCCUGGCCAGUACAUUGCGCUCGUCGGGCCCUCUGGGUGCGGCAAGAGCACGACCAUCGCGCUGCUGGAGCGCUUCUACAACCCGCUCGCUGGCGGUGUAUAUGUCGACGGGCGCGAGAUCUCCAGCCUGAACGUGAACGACUACCGCUCCUUCAUCGCACUGGUGAGCCAGGAGCCGACGCUCUACGCGGGCACGAUCCGCGAGAACAUCAUGCUGGGCGCCACGGACCCGGAGGCCAUCACGGACGAGCAGGUCGAGGCCGUGUGCAGGGAGGCCAACAUCUACGACUUCAUCCUGUCGCUCCCCGAGGGCUUCAACACCGUGGUCGGGUCCAAGGGCACGCUCCUGUCGGGUGGCCAGAAGCAGCGCAUUGCCAUCGCGCGGGCGCUGAUCCGUGACCCCAAGAUCCUGCUGCUGGACGAGGCCACAUCGGCGCUGGACAGCGAGUCCGAGCACGUGGUGCAGGCCGCCCUGGACAAGGCGGCCAAGGGACGGACCACCAUCGCCGUCGCCCACAGGCUUUCGACCAUUGCCAAGGCCGACUGCAUCUAUGUGUUUGAGAGGGGCGUCAUCGUCGAGAAGGGCACGCACAGGGAGCUCAUGGGCCUGAGCGGCCGGUAUGCGGAACUGGUUCGGCUGCAGAGCCUGGAGAAGAAGGCAUGAAGAAAGGGGGGGGGGGGGGGGAUUCUGGAGGGACAGGACAUUUUCAUCACGUGAUGACGGCAGCGAUAGACUUUUUGUCUUGAUCCUGUUUUCCAUGGACAUACCAUGAAGGGACACACACAUACACGUACAUAUGUAUACAUUCUCACGGACUGGGAAGAGGAAAAUGAAGAGUUCAUGGCAUCUUGUUCAUUGAGGGGCGUUGCAGGUAUUGCUUUGGUCUGAAGAAGACAUGGAGGACAAAAUGCCUUUGACUUUAUUCCUUCUAAAUAAAAAAAAGAGAAGAGAAAAAAAGAAAAAGAA